AUGACUGACUCAACUUUGCAUUAUUCAGAUACUGAAAAUUGGAAUACCAUACCGGACGUAUCAACAAAGAGUAACAAUUCGGAUUUCAAUUAUUUAUUGAAGGAUAAUAAUAAUCAACAAAUUGAAAUAACGAUCAAGAAUUCUGAAUUUAAAAUCAAAAAAUUCAAAGAUAUGAAUAAUCUUAAAUCGAGACCUUCCUUUCCCGAAGUUUCUAACGACGUUUCUAAUUCGACAAAGGAUGCUGAUCUAAUUGUAUCCCACGGUGACGCCAUGGAGUCCGUGAAUGAUAUAAUCAGGACUCAUAUACGGCCAGCAAUCUCGAGAGGAACAGAUAUCAUCAAUUAUUCGAUUGCGAAAAUGCCUUCAAAUGAAACUGAUGACUUGGAAAUUGAUCAGGUAAUUAGGUCAAUUGAUGAUUUAAGCUCUAAUGCAACUUCUAAUACCACUCUCCUCCUGAAAGAAGUACAUCAUUUCAAGAAAAAUUCAGGAUACAAUUAUAAGGGACCCAUGGUCAGAGAUUCAUCGGUCCCCGUACCACCCUUCCCAGAAAUUAUGGAUAAUGAAACAAUACUCAAUGAAUUUGAAUUUCCUUGUCCUCCAGGUUUGCUCUUUGAAAUUAUAUUCAGCGAAAGUAAUACUCAAUUCCAGCUGGAAUUCUUAAAGAGACUUGAUUCUUCAAAUAUUACGCCAUUUGAUGAAUUUAUCAACGAUGAGAGAGUAUAUUCGUAUUUAAAACAACUUCAUUUCCCAGUGGGUCCGAAAUCUACAAUAUGUGAGGCUAAAGAUAUCAUUGUUUAUAAAGAUUUAAUGAAAGGGAUUGAACUGAGGAAUAUUACGAGGACCCCAAAUAUUCCUAGUGGUAAAAGUUUUGUAAUCGUUACGAGAUAUUUGUUCAGUUGGAAUGAACAAGGAAACGGUUGUGAUUUGAGGAUUUCGUAUUGGAUUGAAUGGUCCAAUAAGAGUUGGAUCAAAAAUAUGAUUGAAGCAAAUUGUAAGAGUGGUUUACUGGAUGCGAUUAAGGAGUUCAGUGAAUUGAUUGAAAAGUAUUUCAAUGAGAAGACGGAGGUCGUUGCGUUACAGGUUGAGGAAAACGUUGAAGAACCGAUCAAAAUGGAAAAUGUAUCAAAACCUCAUCCCGAGGUGAAAGAACUCAAGAAACAAACAACUGUGAUAAGAGACAACACCAAUUGGGCAAACUCACUUAUUCCAGUCAUUAGCAUUGUAUUAAUAAUACUUCUCGUGUUCAAUCUGCUGAUGAUGAUCAAAUUAUCACGAUCUAUAAAUAAAUUUUGCAAGAUUCUUAUGCUACAAACUGAUCCCAGGAUAAAAACACUCACAUCACAACUUGCAGAUGCAGAUAAUGAGAAGGGAUCGCGUCAUCUUAUUGGUACUCUCUUGAAUCUGAUUGAUGAUUAUAUAUGA